AUGUCCUCCACAGACUCCAAAAAACAAGCCAACCUCUCCCGCAUUCGCACCAACCAGCGCCUCUCCCGCGCCCGCCGAAAAGAGUACAUCUCUUCCCUAGAAUCCCGCAUCAGGGAGCACGAAGAAAAGGGGGUGCAGGCAACACUAGAGAUUCAGCUCGCCGCGAGAAAAGUCGCGGAAGAAAACCAGAGGCUGAGAGAGUUGCUCGGCAAGGUUGGGGUCAGCGAGGCUGGUAUAAGAGAGUACCUGCAACAGCCACCAUCCCAGACGCCCUGUAGACGUGAGGAGCAACAGAAGGACGCAGAGCCCAACGAGUGUUCCAUGGCGGCUGAUUUAAUAUCCCUCAUCACCGGCGCAAACACCAGCCAAGUCCGUGUGACGUUGGGAUGUGCUCCCGGGAGGAAUUGUGACGUUGAUGAAGAGGCUAUUGAGAAGACUAUCACUCGACUGAAGGGCUCAACCUCAAACUAA